AUGAGAAAGGUUUCAUUUCUUUUGUUCUUAUUAUUCGUAUUAAAAAAUGAUGGUCGAUUAAUACGAUAUCAACGACAACGACAACAUUCACCAUUACCAUCUGGAAAAUAUCGUAUUUCACCAACAACUGGUGUACGUAUUGCUUUACCCACACCUGAACAACUUCAAUGGCAGUCUCAAGAAUUAGGUGUAUUAAUUCAUUUUAAUAUAGCUACUUAUAUAAAUAAUGAUGGAUGUAUAGAUCAAAUAGUUCCAAAUAUUUCUUUAUUUAAUCCAUAUUUAUUAAAUACAGACAAUUGGGUUCAAACUAUGCUUGAUUUUGGUGCUAAAUAUGCUGUACUUGUUGCAAAACAUGCAUGUGGUUUUCUUAUGGCUCCUUCAAAUGUAAAAUUUCCUUUGAAUCCAACUGGUAAAAUUAUUUCAUAUAAUUAUACUGUUGAUUAUUCACCAGUGAAAGGUCUAAAUAUUCUUGAUGAAUUUAUCAAAAGUUGUGAAAACAAACAAAUACGAACUGGAUUUUAUUAUACAGUAGUAACCAAUAAUUGGCUUAAUGUUGAAAGUGGUUUUGUUCAAAAUCGUACAUUAAAACCAGGUCAAUUAAAUAUUACUCAAAAAACAUAUGAUAAUAUUGUGUUACAACAAUUAAGAGAACUAUGGACAAAUUAUGGUACUUUAGAUGAGAUUUGGUUUGAUGGCGGAUAUACAACAACUUUAAAAGAUCCAAUAACUGCUUUACUAGCAGAACUUCAACCUCAAGCAAUUGCAUUUAAUGGUUAUGGUAUAUCACCAAAUUCUGUACGAUGGAUUGGUACUGAAAUGGGUGUUGCACCUGAUCCAAAUUGGUCAACAGGAAUAACAAAUGAUGGUGGUGAUCCAAAUAGUCCUAUAUUUUGUCCAGCUGAAUGUGAUACAACUCUUCAAGCUCAUGAUCGAUGGUUUUGGGGUGUUAAUGUAACACUUCGUUCACUUUCCGAAUUAAUUCAAGUCUAUCAUGAAACAGUUGGUCGAAAUUGUCUAUUAAUGCUUGAUCUUACUCCUGAUCGAACAGGUCUCAUUCCAUCUGCUUAUGCACGUCGUUAUAAACAAUUAGGUGAUUUUAUUCGUUCAUGUUAUGGAACACCUGUUUUACCUAUGGAACGUCUUAUAUCCGAUGAUUCACUUCAAUAUAUUCAAUUAUUUGUUUCAUCACCAGUUACUGUUGAUCGUUCAGUUAUUCAAGAAGAUCAAACUGAUGGUCAAGUUAUUCGAGCAUAUGUCGUUGAUGUACAAUUAGUUGAUACAACAAAUAUUCAUCAAUGGAUGAAGGUAGCACAAGGUACAAGUAUUGGUAAUAAAAAAAUUGAUAUAUGGCAAGUAGGACCACAAUUGAUCAAUGCUGUUCGAUUAACCAUUAUUAAAACAGUUGAUAAACCUGUGAUAAAAUCAUUUACUGUUCAUUUAUGCAAUUAA